UUUUUUUGAAGGAUUUGUCCCAAUUUUUCCCAAAUCUUUCUUUCCUUUUUCUUUUUAACAUAUAUAAAUCAAACUACUAUAAAUUUUAAUGUAAAAAAAAAAAAGAAUUGAAAUAGGAUUAUUAGUUAGAUACGAAUAACUAAAAGAGUAUUAUUAUCAUUGUUAUUACUAUUAGACUAUGGAAACAAGAUCCUCCUCGCGUGCAUCGCGAAAAAGCUCCAGUCGAACUAGUGGUGACAAAAAGAAAACUACCAAAGGUAAACAACAAUCAACAUCACGCACAGCCAUUAAAAGAACAGAUAAAGAAUGGGCUCUUCUGAAUCCAAAGACAAAGAAUUACGAAUUUGGUGGUCCACUUGGUGCUUUUGCUAUGGUCACUUGCUUACCUCUAUUAGUCCUUCUCUUUGCUUUUGGGUGUGAUGAUACUGGUUAUACUCCGUUACAACGAGGCUACCAAGUAUUGUAUGAUAUGGCGACUUUGAAAUACGAUUACAAUACUAUAAUAUCGACUUUGAUUUCUUGGAAUCCAUUGUCCUUACUCUGUUAUGUUAUAUUCGUUGCUCACUUGGUUACUUUUACUAUCAGUUUACCAGGUGAAGAUGUGGAAGGUACAGAACUUCGGGAUGGUUCAAGACUCAAGUAUCGCAUUAAUGGACUCUCUGUGUUUCAAACCACCUUGACAAUGGCAAUCUUGACGGCCAACACUCAAGGUCUAACACUUCCUCUCUGGGUCGUUGAUCACUUUGGUCAUUUUGCUGUGGCAUCGUUAAUAGUUGCUUAUUGUAUUUCAAUUUUGGUUUACAUUUCAAGCUUUUAUGGACAAAAGUUAUUGGCGCUAGGUGGAAAUACUGGUAAUGCUCUCUAUGAUUUUACUAUUGGUAGAGAACUUAAUCCAAGAAUUCAAACAUUUGAUAUCAAAUUCUUUACUGAACUACGUCCUGGUUUGAUUGCUUGGUUUUUAUUGAAUAUUUGUAUGGCAUUCAAACAAUAUCAUAUUCUGGAAGGCCGGGUUACAAAUAGUAUGAUCCUCGUUGUACUUUUUCAAGGUUUAUACAUUUUGGAUGCCUUGUGGAAUGAAUCCUCUAUCUUGUCAACCAGAGAUAUCAUAUCAGAUGGAUUUGGAUUCAUGCUUGCAUUCGGCAAUUUUUGUUUUGUGCCCAUGAUGUACACUUUACAAGCACGGUACUUGGCUGAUUUCCCUUUGGAUUUAUCUUAUUGGAUGGUACCUAUUAUCGUAGCAUUGGAAGUUGGGGGUUAUUAUAUAUUCCGUUCUGCAAAUAAUCAAAAGGAUAUCUUUCGACAACAUCCUGACGAUCCUCGAAACGAAGAUUUGGAAUAUAUUACAACUAAUGAAGGAACUCGUUUGCUUAUUUCCGGUUGGUGGGCUAAAGCUCGUCAUAUCAAUUAUUUAGGUGACUUGAUGAUGUCUUUAGCUUGGUCAUUAUCAUGUGGUUUUUCCUCCUGGGUCCCUUACUUUUAUCCUAUCUAUCUCAUCAUCUUAUUGAUACAUCGCCAGCGUCGUGAUGAUGCCAAGUGUCAUGAAAAGUAUGGCAAAGAUUGGGAACUUUAUUGUGAAAAAGUGCCUUACAAAAUCAUCCCUGGUGUGUAUUAGUUAGUUAGUUUAUUA